AUGGCACAAUUUCUAGUGUUUUCUAAACACAUCGACGAAAUGAUGUUUGAAUGUGGUAUAUGUAGAGAUAAUUUAUCAUUCCCCUCAAAUUCAAAUUUGGCAUCGAGACUACAGUACACGAGCGGAAAAGAGGCAGAGAAUCUGCUGAAGAAAGUAGCAAAUGAGGCCCAGAAGGCGAAUUUAAAAUCGAAAUUAAUAAAGUACAAUUUAAACAGAAUAAGGCUUCCAAUAGUAGGAAGGGUAAUGAAGCCUGAGACCAAAUAUUUACAAAAAAUAUACUACAUACUGGAAGAAAACAAUAACAGCCUAAACGAAAAUAAGCUUACAGACCCAGAAAAUCAAAAGAAGAGAAUAAGAGAGUUAGUGGAGCCAACAAACAUAACCAAGUUGUUUACAUCGCCAUCAGUAACAAAGUGUGUAAGCAUGUUUCCAACAAUGCUGUCCUCGAAGUCUCCACUGAUACCAGGCCAAGAGUCGACAAUAGUACUCCAGGAGGAGCACAGAGAGUACCUGGUUAAUGAGAUCAGGGAGACCAACAUCUUUGGAAUAUUUGUGGUAUUUGUGUCAAAGUAUGACCAGGGGUCACAGAAACCAGAAGUGUUGCCAAACGCAACACUGUGUGAAUUUGUUGAUCUAACACAGCUGGACACAAGUGGAAGAGUGACAGUAAGAGGAGUCGAAAGGUUUAAAAUUGGAAACGUAAUUUCAAUUUCAGACGCAGUAAUACAGGCAGAAUUGAGUCUAUUGAGAGAUUCUGAGACAAUAAGGAAUCCACAAAUGACAGAAGAAAACUGUAGAACAAUAGAAAAGUUAUACGAUAAAUGCAACCUGUUGGAAUUGGAGUACAGAUCCCUGCAAAAUAACGAAGAAGACGUGGAGUUGAUAAGGAAGAGAAGUAAAUUCGGAGAUAAAAUAAGUAAACUAAUAGAGCACGUGGACAUAGAAAGAGAAAGGAACAUGAUCUACGAGUUAACAGGGUUCGCAGGACUGGAAUAUAACGCAGAUAUAGAAACAAAAAUAUGGGCGUGUAACACAAAUAACACAGAAAAUAGAUUAGAAGUAACAAUAGACGUCCUUAAAACAAAAAUCAAAUGUUUAAACGACAUGAUAAGAGAAACAAUGAACAAAAUAAAUAAUAAAGAAAAAAAUUAA